AUGAUUAUAAAACGACUAUAUAAAGACAUAGAUAUAUCUUAAAAAUUUAUUUAAAUAAAUAAUUAAUAAGAUUUCGAAAAAAUAGAAAAUGAAAAAAAUAUUUAAGGCAUAAUCACAAAAUAGCCAGAACACAUUCCAACAUCUACAAAAGAAUUAUAAAAAAAGCAAUAACCGUAAUAAAAAAUAGAUUAAUAAUCACAAUAACAAAUAAUUUAACUAAAAUCAACAAAAAAUACGGGUUUUUUUCGAAUAAUGGGAAAAGAUAUUUUACCUUAUCAUGAGAUAUAUGAAUUAAAAGAUAAUGAUUUAAUUUUUAUAAAAGAUUUUAAUGAAAAAUAUAAGACUAAUAUAACUUAAGAAUAUUUGGAGCAAUUAAUAGGUAUAUUUGAAUUAAAGUCAGGAAAGAAUUUCGUUGUUUCAUGGAUAGAUAUGAAAGAUAAUUUCACAUAAGAAGAAAUUAAUAAAUAUUCAUUAAAUUUGCUUGAAAAGAUAUAUAUUUAUUGGAAACAGGCUAGAGACAUAUAUGGUUUUCCUUUAUUAAGGAUAAAUUAAAGACCAAAUUAUAAUGAUAAAGAUCCUCGGAUAGCUUUUAGACCAAGAGUACCUGAAAAGAUGAAAUUAAGAAAAAAUUUAAAGCAAAAUGACGAAGAAUCAUAUUUAAAACUCGUAACCUUAAAAGAAGAAAUGAACCGUUAUUAAUUGCUUAGUAAGUAAUUAAUUUUGAGAGAAAAAUAUAAAAUGUAGUUAAUAAAUUAGACUUGUGCGAAUUUUUUAUCUGAAAUAUAUAAAUUGGAAAAAAAUUACUAUUUUUUAUUUGAGGAAAAGGAAUUGUUUACAUUUUAAGAUUUGGAUUCUAGAAAAAAUGAAAUAGAUGAAGAUUUAAACUAGAUUUUUAAAUAAAAAUAGGAUUUGGAUAAAGAAUAUUUAUUAAAUAUUGAUACAAAAACAUUAAUUGAAUUAAGCAGUUUAAAAUAGAUUUUGUAAAAGAAAAAUAGCGAAUUGGUUCCUAUAUUAAGCAAAUAAUAAUCAUAAAUAUAAACAUAAUUAAAUGGCGUAAAUUUAUAAUAAAGUCAUAGUAUAUUGAUAAAGAAUCCAAAUUUAAGCUCUAGUAAUUAAAAUAAAAGUACGCUUUUAAAUAUUUAAGCAAACACAUAAAUAAAUUAAGUCACAAAUGCAGUUUUAUUUUAAAUUAGAAGUAGAGUAGGAAGGUCUAAUAUAGAAUUUAUUGAUAAAUAUUUCGAAGAAAAUACAAGAUAUUAAGAUUUGGCUAAUUAUGAGGCUAAUUAUAAAUUUAAUGUUUUAGAAGGAAAUAAGGCAUUGAUUUAGAAAUAGAAUGAAAACGAAAAUUAGGAAAAAAAUAAAUAAGAAAAUAAAAGCUAUAGUUUUAGUUAACUUGAUAAAAAUAAAUUCAAUAAAUAAUACUUUUUAAAUAUUAAAAGAAAAUAUUCAAAGUAUUUUGAUUUUGAAAACUUUAUUGAAAAUGAAAGUGAAGAAAAUAAAAAUCUUAAAAGAAAUAUUUCUAAUGCUAUUAAAGAAUUUGAAAGGAAAAAGUCUUUUGCUUGA